AUGGAAGAUUCUAAAAUUCAAGAAGUCAGAGAAACGUUGGAUACACUCUACGAGAUCUCCACCUUACUUAAUACUGGUUUAGAUCGGGACACCCUUUCAAUAUGCUUGAAUUUAUGUGAAAAUGGUGUAAAUCCCGAAGCUUUGGCUGCAGUGAUAAAGGAACUUCGAAGAGAAACCGUUUCAUUAAAGCCAUUUGAUUCAAUUAACUCAACAACAUCGAGUGGAACGAGCAGUAAUCUUAAGAAAUAG